AUGACAGCUCUUCGGCAGGAUAUGGCUAAGUUACAGGAACACAACAAUCUUCUCUCGUCCAAAGUAGACGAAACACAGCAAUUGCUUAACCAUCAGCAAACGCAAAACACUCAGACCAACCGAUCCUCUCAGAGCCUACAAACCCCUCACCGGCAGAAGAAAGGUAAACAGGGGGCAAAGGCCACGCCUGCGCCCUCUAAACAACUGAUAGUUCCCGCACCUAAAGGAAAACCCCACGUACCGAAGAAGGAACCUGAUUGGGGAAGGCUUCGGCCAGGACCGUUCACCGAACGGAUAAGGCGCUCACUGCAGGACAGAGAUGUACAACCAUUGCGCAUACCGUUUUACUUUGGGGUCGAAGAUCCCCUGACACAUUUGCAUUCCUUCCAAUCCGCCAUCGGAUGCAAAGGCCUCAGUGACGAAGGCCAAUGCCUGCUGUUUCCAUCAGCGUUAACAGGAGCAGCGCUGAACUGGUUCUACCGAUUGGAGCCAGGCACGGUGGACUCCUUUGACGAGUUAAAGCAAAUAUUGCUCAACAAUUUCAUGAUCCAGACCGACCGUUUGUGCUCGGUCCACGACCUGUACACUGUUCGGCAAAAAGACAACGAGCCUUUGCGUGAGUACGCUCAGCAAUUGGCGCACGUUCAACGAACUGAUGAAAUAGGCGGCAAUCCACGCAAAGCCGAGUACUUCAAUUCGAAGACCGAGCCUACGGCUCAGCAAGAUGAACCCAUACAACGGUCCACAAUAGGACAGGGAUCAUCAUUCGCACCAACAGAAAAACCUACUGGAUUCUCCGAGAGCCACAAACGAAAAGACACUGGAGGCUCUCAGAAAGAGCACUCCAAGAAGAAUGGGAGAUACGACAGGGACAGCUACCAAGCACCACUGCUAGCUCACAACCUAGAGACAAAGCCCUUCACCCUACUUAAUACUUCUUAUGAAGCGGUGCUGAUGAACGAGAAUGAGAUCAUCCCAAAGCCGGCCUUCCGGAAGACUAAUAGGCAAGACAAUCGGGAUACGGAAAAAUUCUAUCUAUACCAUCAGCAAAAUAGUCACAAUACCGAGGACUGCAUAAGCUUGCGAAAAAUUGUCGAGCGGCUCAUUCGAAAGGGUAAGCUAGAUCAGUACAUAGCCAGACCACAUCAGGCGCCGGUACCGAAUGCCUCGGCAGAUCAAUAUGAUCAACACGAUUAG